AUGGCUCAAGUGGCUAGAGCGCAGAUUUACCAACCGGAAGGCUUAGGAAACCUGGCAGUGUCCCAACCUUCGUGCUUCCUUCCGGUAGCAUGGCAAUUGGACACCGAAAGGCUGCUACAGCACUUGACGAGAUCAGUUGACUGGCGCGUCGCUCGUGGUCUAGCAGUUGUAAACCAAAUACAACCGGCUUGCUUGGACGACGAGAAGGGGAAGAAAUAUAGUCGAAACACAAGGACGGAUAAUUCAACUUCAAUAUCACAGGCAGAUGUGCUCUUUCUCCCACAGUCCACAUGCCAGAAAAAGAGUCCGGCUUUUUUGCAAAAACGUCCCAAGGCAGUCGCCUUUCAUAGGGCUCAAAUCAAUGUGAACGCUUUGUGCCCAGACAGUAGUGUAGCGGACGAACCAAGCGGGAUGACACAGCAACAUCAGCAUCGACAACAGCCACUGAGUCCUUCGAUGGGAACGGUGAACACGAUCACCGUGACCACAUGUCCGAGCAGCAGAUGGUCUCGCGCGACGCCAAACCAAACGCAAACGCACCCGCUUUCGCCCAAUCGCACAACACCCAUAUCGGAACCAUCGCGCAAAGCGAUGCAGACUAGCUUGCUGGAAACGGCAAAACUGCUCUUGUCGGAGUCAAGCAAGCUGGAGCCGGUGCCUUUGGGUGAGUGGUUUAAUGAUCCUGUCAUUUUGUGUGUUCUUACGUAA